AUGCUUGGAGAUGGAGUUUGUAAUUCUGCCUGCAAUGUAAGCGAUUGCCAUUAUGAUAAUUAUGAUUGUGGCUGUGCCGAGGGCUGCAGUAUAGAAAGUUAUGGACAAUGUCAAGACUCCUGUAUGAAUUCUUUUUGCCAAUAUGACACUAUUAGUAGCACUUCUAACUCCACUCUCCGUAAGAAAAAAAAAUUAAAAAAAAUCAUAUUUUUUUGACCGAAAACCCACCCUCCGUGAGCAACAAAAUUUUUAUGGAAAAAAUUUUUGUAUAUAAGUGAUAACUAGUAUCAUGAAAUCUCUAGCUAAUUCUGUUUAAUUUAAACAAAUCGCGUUCUAAAACAUAAAUUUUUACAAAUUAAAUAAAUAUUUGCUUUCCAAUUUUUGAAAGGGUUUUUUUAAAUUUCGAAAUAAAUUUUCUAUAAAAUUUAUAUAUAAAAAAAAAUUAACCCUCUGUGAGUAAGCAAGAUUUUUUGUUCGCUCACGGAAGUAAGUGCCAAAACGCAAACCAGAUUUUAUUUGCUUUACAUUAUGGGCUUAUUUAUAAAAAUCUCACAGCAAAUGUAAGCCCAAGCAAUUGUACAGAUAUUUCAAGCUGCUUGCCGAUAGAAGUCCUUGAUUCCAGCUCAUGCCAUAUAAACUGUAAGAGAGCUGCUUGUAUUUUUUCAUGAAAUACAUGUGCAAUUUCCACUUGUGCUGAUUCCAAUUGCUUAAUUUGUAAUACAAAAAGCUUACUCACCUGUAUGGAAAAUAAAUUUAAUUGUUAAUUAUUUAAUAAAACUUUUUAGGCUAAAAAUUUUCCAUUGAGUGAGAUUUAGGAGAUUGUUUUAAAUGCAACACAAAUACAUACCAAUUUUAUGGUUACUGCCUUACUUCAUGCCCAGGUGGCCAUCAAGCUGUCAAUUUGCUUGGAAAUUAUCCAGUUUGUUUAGUUCCCAAAGACUACUCGACUAAAGAUAACCCUGCAGUUUAUUAUGUAACUUCAAAAACAAGCACAGACGCUUAUGAAGGGAAUGGGACUUUUAGCAAUCCAUUUGCGUCUCUUUCUCUUGCUUUGGCUUCAAUUUAUAAUAAAUAUGCAAUUGUUUAUCUUUUUGACGACGGGAACCAUUAUAUGACCUGUGUUAAUACAGCAAACCCUGUGAGCACUAUAUUAGUUGAUGUCUGCAAUCCUCUAAAUACCCCUAUAUUUUAUCGAACAGCUCAUCAUAAUUUGAUCAAAAGGUCAAAAAAUUCCGAAAAAAAUUUUUAUUCAAUAUAGAUGAGAGAUAGAGUAUGCAAUAUAUUAGAAAAUAUGCUAAAAAACUCGCUUUAUAAUUGCUGAGGUACAAAUAUCUAUAGCAUCUUUAAUAUAAAAAAAACAGUUAAAUUUAAGUGGAUUUUUCAUGUCUAAUCAUAUAUAAAUCGUUGGAAUUAUUUUUUCCCAAUUUUAAGGAAAAUUUCAAUAGAUUGCUCAAUUAAGAAUGCGAGGAAGUAAACAAAAGCUUCAAUAUAACAAAUCUUUCGAUUUCCCCAUAUGGUAAUUCCACAAUUACAAUGAGAGUUAUGCCUGAAACCAAAUUUUUUGUUUAUACACUAUCAAAUAUAACGACUAUCACAAUUAAAAAUAUUGUUUUCGAUGGCGCUAAUAUUAAAGCAGCCUGCCCAUCAACAUAUCCUUUAUGCACUUAUUGUGCUAAUACCACUCUAAGGUCUGACGGAAACUAUUAUAGUGACCAAGGAGUCAAACUUACUACUUAUUUAAUUUCUAUGUGAUGUAACCCUUAUCAUGCAAAAAUUUUUUUUAAUUUGUAUUUAGGCUCAAAACUAGUCAUGAGAAACGUAAAUUUCACUAAUUUUAGACAGGAACUGAAAUCUGUUAUUACAAGUUAUGGAGGAAAUGUAACACUUACCAAUGUAAAUUUUGAUAAUAUGAGAUUAUAUUGGUCACAGGUGGUUCAGGCUCAGCCUGGACAGUCAGCAACGCCUCCUGGAAAAUAUGCAAUAAUUUAUUUUCUGGAUUGUGGAGAUCCGAAUUAUAACUGUGGAAGCUUUGAGUAUACAAAUGGGACUGUCUCUAGACUUAAUAACGGCUAUGAAUAUGGGGCAGCACAAUUUUCAGGGUUUUUAAGUGCAGAAAAAAUCAGAAAUGUAAAGCUGAAAAAUGUGACUUUUGUUAACAAUAUUGUAUAUACCCCUUAUGUCAUUUCCACGACUUAUUCUUUAUUAAAAGUGGCUUUAUUUCGGUAUUUUGAAAUUUCUCACUGUACUUUUGAAAAAAAUGCAGCUAAUUAUGGACUUAUUUAUUUAGAGCCUACUACAUUAAGCUUCAGAAAUGACGUCAACUCUUAUAAUAAACUUAUGGAUUUAUUGUUUUACCAUGUAAAUAUCCAUGACUCUAUUUUUAAAAAUAACUUUGGAGAAUUUUCAGGAAUUUUAUCAAUUGCGUAUCAGUCUCAAUUGCAAAAAAUUUGAUUGGAAAAUUUAUUUAUAAAUGCAAAUGGAGUGUUAUCAGGACCUUUAAUAUUAAUAAACAAUCAGGUUUAUUCUUCAGAUUAUAUUACAGAUACAACAGUCAGCAUAACAGAUGAAUAUGGAAAUAUUUCGCAAGCAGUAUUUAAUAAACGAGACUUUAUUUUUAAAAAUUCAAUAAUCACUAAUAAUUAUCCAGGAGGAAGUGGAAUUUUUGAAAUGAUUCAGCUUGUCAAUUUGAGGUUUUAUAACAUUACUGUAGAGUCUAAUGGAAGUUUGGAAACUCAAAAUAUUAAUACAAUUCUAUGGAAUUAUUAUGUAGCUGACAACAGUUUAUACACCAAAAUUCUUGUUCCAAAUGCAACUAGCAUAGACUGCUUAUUUCUAUGAUCAGCUUCUACCAUCACUAAUCAUGAAUUAUCAGAAAGUAUCUUUAUAAAAAAUAUAACGGCAGGCCUCUUUUAGAUUCUUUAACUUUUCUUCUUCUCUGCGAAUAAGUAAACAUAGAAUUUUUAUACAAAAAUAUUGAUAGAAAGCAAUGAUUAUAUAAUAAUCUCAAAUUUAGUAGUCUGCGCUCUGAAUCAUAAAUUUUAUAAAUUAAUUUUACUUUCAAAUUCUUUUUUAAAAUUUCAUCUGUACAAAAAAAUAAAUCGUCUAUCGCGAUAAUAAGGUUUAGCUUGCUCUCGAAAAAAAAUACCCCAAAUUAAAAUCGACUAUUAAAAUGUUAUAUUUGCAAAUAAAUCAAAAGUAAAUGAGAGCCUUAUUUAUUUAUCUAUUUUAUUUUUUAUUAUAUGACAUAUUUUUUCUGACGUAAUUUUUCAUAAGUGUAAAAAUAAAGGGCAAUGCUAUACUUGCAAAAAUUCAGGUCCAUUUUUGUAUUACCCAUACAUCGAGAACUUCAUUAUAAGUAAUUGCAUUUUUGAAGGAAAUUCUGGUUCUUCAGCCUCAGGAGUUUCUCUAUUGACUUUAUAUGCAGGAAAUAUGCAAAUUAUUAAUUCAACAUUUAACAAUAACACCAAUAGUAGUCCUCAGGGAGCUGGAGCUAUAUGCUUACUCCAAAGUUUACAAAAUGUUUAUAUAUACCCUAGGAAUCCUUAUUGAUCCUUUAAUAUAAUGGAUAAUUUAAUGGGGCAAUAUCCUCAAAGGGUAUAGAAAAUACGAUUAUAUCCAAUAAUUCAGCUAAUUAUAGUUCAGGAAUUUAUUUUGAAGGAGGUUCAUUGAUGCUAAACAAUGUUACUCUAAAAUCAAAUACAGCUCGAGCAGGGCUUGGAUCUGUUUAUUUUUCAGUUUUUUCAGGGGCAGAUACAAAUGCACUAGAUAUAAAAAAUUCUGUUUUUGAAGAAAAUAAAAGUUUUGAUGUAAGAGGAGGCGCAAUUUAUGUUUCAGGCACAAUAGUUUCGCAAGAUCCCUUAAGUUAAUUAAGAUUAUAAGUGAAGCUUCUAUGCACCGGAGUGUUUUCUUUACCUUGUGCCGCUCAAUGCCUGUCUCUACCUAUCAGUUUCGCUCCUCGGAAUGAGUGUGCACUCUUAUCGGAGUGACGUGGCCUCUGCUAUAUGAGAAAACGAAUUUUCUUGUCAGGCUGUCAACCAAGAAUCAUCUCUAAGCCAUGAACGCAACGCCUAGUAUCGAGCUAGAAAAUUGCCUGAUUGGUCAGAGAGUUUUGCUGAACCUUUCCUUUCCAGCUACAGCUUACGAUUUCCCAGAGGUAAAACCUUGACCAGAAAUGAGCAUGUGGGAAUCCAACAUUAUGCUCCACCAAACAAAGUAAAUUCGGCCUAAUACACCUCAGCGAAUGCUGUUUUCCUUUCCAUAAGGUCCCUGGGUGACCGUGACUACAGUGCUAGGAGGACAGGUUGGUUCGACGCCAUUUUGGUGUAUGUUUCAAAAGAUCCCAUAAGCUUAUCAAUUGUAAAUAGCAAGUUUUUAUCAAAUUCAGCCCCAAGUGGUUCAGCAAUUUAUAUAGAAAGCAAUACAGUUUUGACAAAUAACUCAAUUAUAGAUUCUUGCAUAUUUGAUUCAAAUACAGCCAAAGCUAAAGGAACAAUUGUCAAUUAUUACCAAUAUGGAAUAUUAAAUAUAUCGAACUCUUUAUUUAUUUAUAAUUAUGCUGAGCUUGGAUCUGCUUUAUAUUUAGCACCUUCUAACUCUUUACUUUAAAUUGGGCAAAUAUUCUGCAAAAUUGCCAUUUUUUUGGCAAUUAAUCCUUUAAAUUUAAAAAAUUUAAACCAAAUUGAAUUUGGAGCUCAAUUAGAUGCUAUUUAAUUUUUUAUAAUAAAAUAUAUUAAAAUUAAAAAAUAAUAUUUUAAAAAUUUUAUAUAUUUUCAAAAAACUUUAUUUUUUUGUCUCAUCUAGAGGAGUAAACAAUCAGAUUCUGACAUAUCCAAAAUUAUUUUAACUUCUUGCAAUUUUACUAAUAAUUCAGGGAAAAAUGUGUUAUGUACUGACGAUAUGGCCAUUUAUUCUUAUAUUGAGACUUUUAAAUGUAUUUUUCAAAAAAAUGAAGGACUUGCGAUAUAUCUUGUUCAUGACUAUUGGAAAGACACUGAAUCAAUUAUAGCAAACUCAACAAUAACUGCAGGAACUGUAUAUUUAACAGCAAAUGCCACAGCUGACUGUGAAUUAACGACAUUUUUGAACAAUACUUCAACAAAAUACGCAGGGGCCAUCAGAGCUGAAGGCAACUCAUAUUUUCACUGCAGCCACUGCAAUUUUUACAAAAAUAGUGCUAAAUAUGGAGGAGUCCUUUAUUUUGACCAAUUGUCUUAUUUUUCUAUUGAAUAUUCUAAUUUUAGUAGCAAUUUUUGUAGUGAUAAAGGUGCAGUCAUAUACAUAAUUGGAUCGGACAAAUAUAGUGUUUUAAGCUAUUCUCGACUAUUUCAAAAUCACGCAAAAUCUGAAGGCUUGAUCUAUUCACUCACAUCAAAUAUAAAAAUCGAUAACUGCAGAAUAUAUAAUAACACCGCCAACAGAAUCACCCCAGGAAUUUAUUUAACACUUUCAAACGCCACUAUUACCAAUUCUAAGUUCAGAGACCAAGCAGGAUACUCUGGAAGUUUUGUAUAUUUAGCUUCAGAUAGUGGAUUAGUCGUUACAAAUACAAGCUUUAAGAAUGGGAAUUCUUCUGAGUCUGGUGGCUCUAUUAAUGCUCUCUCUAGUUCUGUUAGUUUGGUGAAUAGCACAUUUAUAAACUCCACUUCUGGUGUCGGAAAUGCUAUAAUGGCGUUUUCUACUGCUUUAAAUAUUUCUCAAUGCCAGUUUUUAAAUACUUAUAGCCCAGGCUCUGGAGGAGUUAUAAAUAUUUUUGGGAACAAAAUUUUUAUUGAAAAAUCUUUUUUUGAAAAUUUUACUUAUUCAGCUAUUGAUGGCAGUGAAAUGGAAUCUUUGAAAAUAAUAGGAACUAGCUUUAAAAAUAGCCUAGGAAAAGUAGGUGGAGCCAUUAAUUCUAUAAACAGCGCUUAUAUUUAUAUAGAUUCCUGCUAUUUCAAUAACAACACAUCUAUUUAUGGUGGCGCGCUAUAUUCCACUUUUACAUCUGGUCAAGCACAGAUGCCAACCCCCCCCACCCCCACCCCCCCAUGCAUGGAUCCCACCCCCACCCCUAGUAUAUAUGUUAAUAGAUCCCACCUCCCACCCCCUCUGCCAUAUAGGUAAACAUAUAAGUAUAAAAUCUUACAAAUAAGACAUACAAUAAAAUUUUAGUUAAUUCAUAAAUGGAUUCAUAAAUAGAUUCAUAAAUAAAUAUUAAUGAUCAUAAGUAUAUUUAGCAUAGACUGAUAUAGCCAAUAUAUUAGUAAUACAUUUAAAAUAAAAUAAUUGCAAAUAACUUGUUACAUAGAAAGGAAUCAAUAAAUGACUCAAAAAAUAUUUUGAUAUCUCUAUAAAGUCUUUUACUCCCCCCAUUUAAUAAACGAACACUUUUUUAGUUCGUUAUUAAAUGGGUCUAACUUAUAAAAUUCUUGGGAAAAAAAAAAUAUAUAAAAAUUUAUAUUAAAUAUCUAUGAUUUUUUAUAUAUAAAAAUUUUCAAUAAAGGGUUAAUAAUAAAAAAGUCAAAUGAUGGCAACAUAAAGAGAAAACGCCUAAAUAUGCGAAAAAAUAACUAUUGCUAACUCCUCCCCUCCGUGAGCGAACAAAACCAUUAGAAAAGUCCCUCACUCUUUGUGAGCAAACAAAAAUUUUUUUUAAUAGAAAAAUUUUUUAUGGAAAAAAAAAAAUGACUGUUUUGUUCGUUAUUAAAUGGCGGGGGGAGCUAACCUGUAUUCUAUGAAAAUUUUUGACCUUUAUAUGAUUUAAAACACGAGGUAUGCGCUUGAAGGUUCAUUGUAAAUAUGCUUCCUCGUUAGCAAACUGUAUCCGAUUUUUUUUUUUCAUCCCUAUGACUUUAAAUUUUUUAUGCUGUGAGCAAUUAAUAUGUUUUAUUUGCCUUUAAUACAUAAUACAGUUUACAUUAUAUAGGGGGUGGGGGUGGGGUGGCAUCUAUUAAUGGAAUGGGGAUGUGGGUGGGAUCCAUAGAUGCAAGGGGGGUGGGGGUGUGAUCCAUACAUACUAUCUGAGGGGGUGGGGGCGUGAUCCAUACAGGGGGUGGGGGUGUGAUCCAUACAGGGGUGGGGGUGUGAUGUAUACAUCCAAACUGGGGGGGGUGGGGGUGGGGGGAUUGGCAUCUGUGCUUGACCAUACAUCAAACACCAUUAAUAGCCAAAACUAUGAAAUAAUUUCGACGAAAUUUGUAAAUAAUACAUCAACAGCAGGAGGAGCAAUUUAUCUGGACAAUAUAAAUGCCAAUAUAAAAUCAUGCAAUUUUUAUGAAAAUAAAGCAAUUGCGACUUAUCAAAUAUCUGAAACAAGCCAUGAGUCAGGGAUAGGAGGAGCUAUUAAAUUAGGGUGCAGCUAUCAAGGAAUUUGUGAGUAUAAUGUGUUUUCUAAUGAUUUUGUUGAGAACUCAGCAGAAUAUGAAGGAGGAGCUGCUGUUUGAAAAGAAGUAAUGCCAAAAUUCCAAAGCAAUUCUUUUGAAAACAAUAAAGCAGAAUAUGGAGAAAAUAUAGCGUCUUUUCCUGUGAGCAUGAAAAUUAUGAAUUCUAAUUGGACAGGCGAACUAAAGGAUUUGGCAUCUGGGCAGCUAACAACCACACCAUUGAUUAUUGGUAUAAUUGAUCAUUUAGGCUCAGUUGUAACCACAGACGAUUCUAGUGUAGGCGAGCUAAUAUCCUCAUCACAAGAUGUAGUUUUAUCAGGCGAAAGCAAAGUUAAAGCAGCCAGUGGAAUUUUUACUUUUUCCUCGUUUAUAAUUUCUGCUGAGCCCGGAAGCAAUUUUUCUAUAGAAAUUCAAACAAAUGGUAUUGAUGUUACAAAAAGCAUUAGCUCUCCCCGAUAAAUUUGUCUAAAGAUUUUUAAAAACAAAAUAAAUUUUUUUAAAAUGUUUAAAAUUAAAAAAAUAUAAAUUAAACUAAAAAUUAAUUUAUUUUUAUAUAGAAUUAUUCAAAAUAAUUCGAUUCAACAUGGAAAAUGUUUAAAUAAUAUACUACUUGCACUUUUCAUAUUUUCACCGAUAAAAUUUUCCUAUUAAACAAUAUAUUGCUCAAUUUAAAUGGGGUGUAAGGCAAAUGAUGGCCUUAAUUAUAACUCAAGUAUACUUGUAAACGUAACUUUAAGAGAUUGUGUAUUGGGAGAAGCCACAGUUGGUGUUAACUGUGUGGUUUGUCCUAAAGAUUUUUACAGCUUAAACCCUAGAGGCGAACAAUGUUUGGCUUGCCCUGAUGAGGCUAUAUGUUAUGGAAAUUAUACAAUGGUCCCGAAGCCUGGAUACUGAAGAUCUGAUAUGCUUAGUACAAGGUUUUGGCAUUGUCCUUAUUCAGAAGCUUGCAUUGGCUCUGAUUUACAAAAUAUUUCAUAUUCAGGAAAAUGCCUUGAAGGGUACACUGGAAAUUUAUGCCAGAGUUGUAAAGAAGGUUAUUCUAAAAUAAUGAAAAACCAAUGCGCCAAAUGUCAAAGUCUAUAUAUACUUAUUAUAAAAACAUCAGGGAUUGGGCUUGGAUUUCUAGCUCUUUGCUGACUAAUGGUUAAAAUGUCGAAAAAUUCUGCUUACAAGCCUAAAUCUCUCUCAAGUAUUUAUAUAAAAAUAUUCAUCAAUUAUAUCCAGCUUAUAGCAUUAACCACGACUUUCAGCCUAUCCUGACCAAGCUACGUAAAACAAUUAUUUUCAGUUCAAAAUAAUGCAAGCUUUAUAAGUGACCAAAUUUUUUCUUUUGACUGUUUGCUAUAUUACAACGAAGACUUAAAAGGAGACAAAACCAUUAUUUUUUAUCAAAAAUUGGUUGUUAUGGCUCUUUUGCCGAUUUCUAUUCCGAUAGCUUCAGCUAUUUGUUGAUCUUUGAUAUCUUUAUGUAAAAGAACUUUUGCUUUGUUUAUGAAGAAUAUUGUGACAACUUCAAUUAUCGUCGCAUUUUUAGUCCAUCCAAGCCUAAUAAAAUAUUAUUUUAGCUCUUUUGAUUGCACAACUCUUGACUAUGGCGAGGUUUGGCUUGUUGAUGAUCUAAGCUUGAAAUGUUGGGAUAAGCAGCAUGUGUAUUAUACAACAGCUGUUUCUUUGCCAGCUAUUAUUUUAUGGGGAAUUGGGAUACCUACUACUUGUUUGUUUCUGAUAAUAAAAAAUAAAGAAAAGCUCAGUGAUAUAAGUGUCAGAAUCAAAUAUGGAUUUCUUUUCAAUGGGUAUAAAUCUAGAAGCUAUUAUUGGGAGUUUGUAAUUAUUUAUAGAAAAAUAAUGAUUAUUUGCUGCUCUGUGUUUCUAGCAACGGUUUCAGUCAACAUACAAGCUUUAACAACUCUUUUCAUAUUAGUAGCUUGUCUAUAUUUUCAAUGUAAAAUAAAACCCUAUAAUGGAGAUGAUUUAAACAGACUUGAAGCCAUUUCUAUUUCAGCCUCAGCAAUCACAAUUUAUUGUGGAAUGUAUUAUUUAACUGGAUCUCUUGACCAAUUCACUGAACUCCUAUUUUUCAUAGCCAUUAUUUCAGCAAAUUCGUAUUUUGUGAUUUAUUGGGGUUUUAAAGCUGGAAAUGCCUAUGUCACCAUAAUAAUUGAAAAAAUCCCAUUUUUAAAGAAAAAAUUCCAGACCGAAAGCUACCACAUCAUGAGUGGUGUUUCCUUUCAAAAUAAUAACAAUACAAGCAGAAUUAGAGACUCUUCACGUGAACUGAUCUUAAAUUCUUCGCGAAAGGAAAAUCUAAACCCCCAAGGGAUUACUUUUAAAGAUAUUAAUAUGAUGCAUUUAUUUUUAGGAAAUUUAAAAGGAGGGCUUAUUAUAAGACAUGAGCAGAUUAAUUUCCAUGAGCAAGAAAUUGAAAGGAGAAGCAUCGGGGAAAAUGAUAUUGAAGGGAUAUAUUUAGUACCCUACUUUAAAUUGAAUCAAUAUAGAUAAAAUCUAUUUUUUGGGUGUAUUGACCCUGAAAACUGUUACAAUUAUUUGAAAAGGAAAAUUAUCAAGGUGAAAAGCUAUUUUUAUAAAAUUCUUUUUGAUCUAAUUUAUUGGAAAAAGUGAAGUAAAAUAAUUUAAACAAAUUUUAAUACUGAAUAGACUAAUAUUUUAAUUAAUACCUCAUAAAAUAAAUUAAAAUUCAAAAAUAUUGGAUAUUUUAAAUUUUUUAUAGAGAAAAAUUUAAUAUGCUUUUAGAAAAAAAAGCCUCCCUUUAAUUGGACAGGAUUUUUUGCUCCAAUUUAAAUGAGGGCAGUUAGAAGAGAAUAGUUCUGAAGAAAGCCACGUUGAAGCAAGCCAUCCUAAAGGUAACAAUAAUGAAGAUAGCAGCGCUGAAGAAAUGAAAGAGGAAGAAGAAAAAAUUGAUGUAGACCAAAUUGCCAUGCUGGAUCCAUAUUUAUCGAAUGCACCAAGUGAGUUCUCGUUAGUUGUAAAUGAUCUUUAA